CAACAUUUUCUUAUCCAAGCUGUAGAAAAGUUGGGUUUUCUAGCCUAAAAAUUGUAUUCGAUCGAUCUCUGUUCUCGUUUUUGGAUAGCGAUGUUUUCGUUUGAUGGACAGUUUAAAAGUAGAAGAAAUGUUUCCCUGGGUGGAGCGAGUAAGAAGGUGAGUUUGUCUUGAUUUGUAUUCUACCACAGAAAGUUAAUACUAUUCUAAGGACAUUCUAAACUUUCAGACUGGUAAUCUUUUCGUGGGAUACUUUCGUUCUUCAUAUAGGGCAUUUUGACAUUCGGAUAAUGCGCUCUUGUGCUCGGAGAUUCAGAUAACUGGUCUUUGUAACCAUUUGUUGCUUUCUUAACAUUCAUGUACGCAUGUGCAUUACUUAUUUUAAAAGGGACGGAAGAGAAUAAAAUGCAGAUAAAUUUUUCGUCUUCUGUUUAAUGUUGAUACUGACUUGUAAGAUAUAAAGCUAAAACUAAACAUUUACUGUUAUACUCUAUGACUUAUCGUUUAUAGUAAGGAAAUGCUAUAGUGCUGCUUAUGCUGAGGGACGAGCCAUUAGGGGUGUAAUAUUUAAUAAUUAUUGGACGAGGUUGAGCAAAAUAUCGUGAUUUGUAAGUGGCGAGCACGUCAAUUAUUUUCUGAAGCUGAAUGCCAAAGCCUUUGGCUUUGGCAAGUAAUUGAUCUGUGACAAAUCACAAUAUUUUGUGAUAACCAAGUUCAAUAACUGUCUUAUCAUUCAAACACCAAGUUUGUUUUUUAAUGAAUAUCCUUGAGAAGCAAUGCGAUCCGCCAUUUUUUCUGCAAGAGUGAUUGCAAAAAGGAGAAAAGCGUGGUUUCUUUUGCCCAAGAGCAGAAUAUUAUUUGUAACCAAACUCAAUUGGACGACAUUGCACCUGAGCAGAACAUUACACAAUGUAUGUGUACGCAAUUAUUUCCAGGUCACGUGGUGGGCUCUCAGCCAAUAAAAUGAAGGAAAAAUUUGCUUCGAAUAAUAAGAGGUGUUCUUAUUAUUGCAAGCAAUCAGGGGAGCCUGCAAUCCAAAUCUCCAUGUUGCCAUUAUGCAUGAGCAGCACGACAGUAGCUUGCAUUAGUUUGGACUUCCACUGAGAAUGAAGUGCAUAGAUCAACAAAAUCUGUAGUCAUGGCUGCAUUUCCUUGGAUUUCCACUACAAAUAGAUUGUGUUGUAGAACACAAUCUAGUCGUGCCCGUUUCUUUUACGGGCAUUUAGAGCUUAAGCUAUGUAGAAAAAAAGAAGGGAAAACAAGUAUUUGAGGUCACUCAUGGAAAUCAAACUCAGGGCCUCUCAUAUUACAGAAGGUUACAUACUAUACAUAAUUAUACUUACAGUUGCUGUAUGAUAAGGGAGAAGUAUUUGGAAAACUAAUAAAUUAGACUGCUAGAUUCUCUUUACACUGCCCAGUUUUUCCUUGUGACAGGGUUCGUUUGCAUCUUGAAUUUUAAAAGUCGUUUUUCAAGGCCUUGAAAGUCCUUGAAAUUCUCUUUCAUUCAUUUUGGUCCUUGAAAGUCCUUGAAUUUUAAUCAAAGAACAUCUGAUGGUUAAUAUUUUUGUCUUGUUCAACACAAAAGCCGGUAAUUCUUUGAUAAGCACUCACAAACGAAUUUUCAUAAAAAUGUUUGCCAUUAAGAAUAAAGGCCCACUAUUAUCAGAAUAUUUAAAGUAUAGUUUAUUUGGAACCUGUGUUAAAAGUUAAAUAAGAUCCUUGAAAUUUAAAAAUGUGGUACUUGAAAGUCCUUGAAAAGUCCUUGAAAAGUCCUUGAAUUUGUACGAACCCUGUAAUGUGAGAUGAGGGAAGAAAUAUUGAUAUAAGACAAAGAGAUGCUCAGCGAAAGUUAUUCCAUUCACCCCAUCAUUAUUUUUCAUUAUUAUCCUUGUAAAUCCCGUUAGGAACAACGGACAUCCUUGAUUCAAAGAACUCAGGCAGAAAGGCAAAAAAGAGAGGUAAUUUUGAUUAUUUUUAUAAUUAUUAACUACUGGUAAAGGAAUUAAAAAGUAAAUGCCACGUACAUAUACUUUUUUUCUUGUGCAUGUGUUGUAUUUCAUGUUGUCAUGGAGCAGCAGUGGGGAGAGGGGGGAGGGGGGGGGGCAGGGUGCAGUCGCCUUGGCCAAACCUCAAAUUCACCCAGGAGCAGUGAAUCGUGGAAAGGCUGUCAUGUAAUGCAUCUGGUGAUUCAGUAGUCUGUAGUAAAUAAGACAAACUACUGUAGAUGUGCCUCACAUGGUCUGAGCUUGAGCUUUGUAGACUGUUGGGGCUCAGUAUCAGACCUAGUGCUGUUUGACAGAGAUGCCAAGAUGUGUUCCUUUUGCAGCACCCCCAUGACCCUGUCCCCAAAUUUUAACAAGACACUAUAUGAAGUGUGCUGUAUCUGGGGGACUCACACCUGGAUACAGUGUUAUUUAGGAACGUUAGCAUAAUUACAGGCUAGUUGGAGGUCCCAGUCAGCUUGUUCCAUGCAUUUAAACCAACGCCUUCGGGGCUAAGGUGCCAAGAUACUUUGUUGCUCCCCCCCCCCUCCCCCACCCCUACAAUGUGCUGUACUUUCUUUUACGAUCCCAAUCUGCCACUAUCACAGUGCACACCUGAAGAAGACACCUGACCCUGAUAAUUAUGGAAGAUGUACUGUCAUUGUACAUGUGUGCAGCACAUGAAUUUCUCAGUAUUACCUUCCCUUGUUUUUCUUAACAUAGGAAUUGCGCAGGCAAAAUGCCAGUGCCCUCAAAAUUCAGUCUUUUCUGCGUGGAGAAUGGAUACGACACCAACAGGUAUUUUUCUCAGUUGUGAAAUAACAAUGCUGUCAGACAAGUUUCGUCAAGAGUUCCGACUGUGUAACUUGUUAUUUCAUUUUUAUAUAUCCUAAAAAAUUCUGAGCCUGCAUUAUAUGUAAGAACGUUUUGCUUCUCUGUUAAUAAUCCCGGAUAUCCUUGUACAGGCAGUAUUUGUGCAUUGUUGAUAGGGAAGCAUUAUUGCAGAUGCAGUAUGUCCAAGUUUUGGGUACUGAUGGAUCAACAGUAUGGAAUUUAUGUAUUUGGUUUAGAUGUCACUUUGUGGGAAAACCAGUGGUUGUGUAGCCAGAGAAAUUUUGGCUGUUUUCUCUGGACAUUCGACAAGCAUUUAAUAGGAAAAAACAUUUGUAUGAUCAUUAUCAUAAUGUUACCAUGUUUUACUCUUUUUUCAGUAUAAGUUUCAUAGAAGUGCUUUUGAUGAGACAAUGAAUUCAGUGGAAAAAUCUAAAGUCAUCCCAGCUGCACCUGAUGUUAAAAUUCUUUUACAAAGGCUUCUCUUCUUUUACUCUCACUCAAAAGACAGUCAGCGAUUGGUAAGGGAGUUUCAUUAUUUAAUGUGCCAGGCAAUGUUUUUUAUCACUAAUAAAUGUGUACAUGUACACCGUAAACAGUAAUGUAGAGCUGCAGGUAAUGAUUGGUUGAUGGCUAAAAAGACCAACUUGAAUUCCAGCACAUCCUUUACACCAACGGCUCCCACACUUUGCUUGCCCAGGGCCACUUCUUCCUCGUGUUAGGUGAUGAUUUUACACUUGUAGCGAGAGGAUAACUUGUCUAGAUUUACAUUUACUCUCUUAGUGAGAGGAUAACUUGUCUAGAAAUCCCUGCCCAUUUGGCAAGUGAGUGUCAAGAGUUACAUGUACAUGUACUUGCCCAGCAAGAAAAUCUACUUUUCCCAUACUAGUGGACAGGAGCUACAUGUAUUUCCAGUCCUGAAGUCAUCAGACAAUGUGAUCUCGGACAAAAUUAGCCCUUGAUGACCAAUAAAAUCCAGUUUAAAAAAAUAAACAAAACAAAAAAAUAAGGAUGAUCAAAGGGCCAUUAAUUCAUGAUUAAUAGACAAAGUUAUACCAGAGACCAUCAUUUUGCAGAUAUAAAAUUGUGAGUCUUUUGUAUGUGAAUUGUAGUUAUUUUGUUGCAAGAAAUAAUAGCGAUAAUUAAUUUGCUUGUGAAUCCUGCACCUAAAAAUGUGCCAUACACAAUAUUGAUUGAGUCCAACUACAUUUGUUCUUUCCGACCAAAAUGGUUACUUACAUGUAGACAUUUUUGCCUUCCCCCCUCACUGUGGAGCCUGGUCCCAGGCUAGACACAUGACCUUGCAAGGACAAAAAAUCAUUAUUUUGCAUUUCUUAAAUCUUAUUUUGAGCUUAAUAAUGGGCUGCUUGCAGUCUACGUUUUCUCGUUAGAUCCUUCAAGUUCAUAUUCACAUUUCACAAUGAGCAUAGGACAUAUACAUGUACAGUUACCUUAUUUUUCUUCCUUCUUGCGAUUUCGCCUUCAUUUCUUGGACUAUGAAAUAAAUAUGAGACUGGUCAAGGUCUAGCUUAAUAAUCACCUUGCUCUAUCUUUUUGUUAUAAUAUCUGAACUUUUCUUUUUAGAUUUGGAUGUGCCAGUUUCUUCUAAAGAAUCGCAACAUUGUUAACCAAUUACAAUCUGAAGAUCAUUCCAGUUGGUUACAUCAAAUCAAAUGCCUUCUAUUGACUUGUAGCAGGUACAGUGUAUGUGUGUAAAACUGCACACUGUAAAAUAAUUUAUAAGUAAAAAGUACUACAAUGUAUUGUAAAACGUUCAUCUUAAAAUAAGAGAUGAUCUAAUUAUUUUAAUUGAAUCUUAUGGUGCGUUCCUUUGGGAUGUUCUGGAUCAGGAUCAGUGAUCCGAGAUCACUCGGAUCAUGGUAGAUCAAAUGAACCGAUGAAUCCGCUGUACUGGACAAGGAUUCUUCGGUUCAUCUGAUCUACCAUGAUCCGAGUGAACUCGGAUCACUGAUCCUGAUCCAGAUCAUCCCAAAGGAACGCACCCUUAGUUUUGAAAGGUGAAUGAAUAUUAAAUAUACAUGUAGGUUCACAUAUCUAAAUUCAGUGUACAAGUUUUAAGGUUGUUGAUGUUUGUAAAAAUAAAUAUUAUUGCAGUCAUGACAAACAAAAACAAAACAAAACUUAAAACGUUUCUAUUCAGGAAAUGUUUCAAUUGAUUCUCAUGCUUAACAUUUUAGGUUUUUUUUUUCUUUUUUAAAGUUUUACAAUACUUGAUUAUUGAUUUUCACGCCUUACAUUUUAGGAUUUUUAAGUUUUACAAGUAGGUUUUUCAAAGUUUUUACAAACAUAACAUUUUAGGAUUUUUAAGUUUUACAAGUAGGUUUUUCAAAGUUUUUACAAACAUAACAUUUUAGGAUUUUUAAGUUUUACAAGUAGGUUUUUCAAAGUUUUUACAAACAUAACAUUUUAGGAUUUUUAAGUUUUACAAUACUUGAUGCAUAAUGUCACAAUAGGCUAGAAAUGUAAUGAUCUCCAAUUGGCCUUCAUAAUGUAAAGCGCAUUGAGGAUAGAAAUUCUAUAUUAUUAUUUAUUGUUAUUAUGAAAGAGUAGUCCUCUAGUCAUCAGAUUUUAUGUGCAUGUUUGUCGGACUGUUUUUGCAAAUCCACAUUUCAGCCGAUAACUAGCAUCUUCACAUGUUAAUAAUUACUAGAAAUAAUUAUGUGAAUGGCAGAACCUUGUAGAGUAGAGGCUAAUGGUCAUGAGUAGGAAGAAAGGGAAAGAAGCUGAUAUGGUAAAAACAAAACAAAACAAAUCACAAAUAAAUCAAAUAACGAAAAAAGCAGAACAACAAUUAAUGGAAUACAGUUAUAAAUUUUUAAACUUUUAAUUUAUUAUUACAGUUCACUAGAGUCAUCGCUGAAAGAGUCCAAGCCAGUGGCCAUUCAACUGCGUAUGUUAGAAGUGUUUACCUCUUGUGAUUCAUUCCACAAUGCAGCUGAUCCUGCUGGGAGCAGAAAGGAUGCAGCCGUAGUAACUGUUUACCUUGUCAGAAAUGGUGAGCAUUUUCUUCCUCAAAAUAUUCCUUUUUUCUGCCGAUUUUAGGCUGAAAAUAUUAUAUGUGUUAUUCUUGAAUUAUAGCUUAUGACAUUCCGUUCUAAAAUAUAUUGGGGUAUCGAUUGUAGUUAUUGCAGGUUUUUUCGUUUUGUUGGCUUGUUUUGCCGUUUUGAGAAAGGAAUAAGUUUUAUAAUAUAUAAUUGUAUUGUAUUUACAAUUUUCAACACACAAAAUUAUCAUCCUUUGAAAAUCUCAGCUUGGGCUUUAUUCUUAACAUAUUGUUAAAAUUUCGCAAAUUUCAGCGUCGAUAUUCUUAUAAAAUUAAAAAAGGGGGAGUGGGGUGGGGGGCGAGUGGCGAGCGAAACGAGCCUCGUUAACGCGCGACUUACAGGCUACAAAAGGCGUUAACCUUACAGUUUUUUGUUUAAACACACUAUGAUUUGGUUUUUAUGGCCUUCUCAGGAUAUUUUCGAUACCUCCGAGCUUUGUUGAAUGCUAGAGUACCUUCCAGCUUAGAGCCAUCUGUUGUUCCUCCGACUCCACUGGCGGCAGCCAUCAAGGAUCUGGUCGUGGGUCCUCUUCGCCUCAGUCAACAAACAAGUAAUCAGGAGGAAACUGAGUUUACUGCCAGCGAUAGGUAAUUUAUUAAGCUUAUAUGUAUUAAACGCUUGAUGACUUUAUCAGCGCCACUCUGGACUCACGUUCAUACAGAGCCAUCGAAAACGCUAAAAUGAAGAAAAGUGUCCACACUUGUUCCGAUCGGUUUGGACAACGUCCGUAUUCUUUCGAUUUUUCUGAUUUUUGUCCACACUUUGUGAAAAGAUGCAAUUUAGAAAUAAGGGGUUUGGGAACUAUAGCAAUCGAGAUAUAAAGAAGUUCAUCCCCGAUCUUAAAAAAACAACAAGAACAAUAAUAAUAGCAACAACAAAAACAAAAACAAAAGCAGAUAAAUUUGAGGCACUAGCACCUAAUUCAUUCAGGGCUGUCACUAAGAUUUUAAGUUGCCGGGUAAAUACAACAAGUCGGCGGGGAAUCAAACAGCUAGAGAUUUCUUUUGGUUCUAUUUUUCUUCUAUUUUCCUAUGAAAGUAGCCGGGGGGCACGUUCUUAGUAGCUGGGGAAAUCCCCCAUCCCCGGCGCCUCUUAAUGACAACCGUGUCAUUGGGUUCUUCACUUUGAAUUUAUUUUCAGACAUGAAGUAUUUUCAGCCCUUGUGAGUGAUAUACUGUGUCCUGAGAUGUCAGAACAGAUAACAUGUUUCCUGCUGCCUUCUUUAGCUGAUCCGUCUGCACAGUUCCCGUUUAAGAGCUUACUAGAGACGCUUCUGAUGAUGCUGUCCAAGACAGAUGAUUCAGGAAAAAGUAACAAAGGAGUGAACCCUACUCCGUGGCUGCUGUUUGGAAUGUUAGCAUUUGUGGAGAAACAGUUAGGUACGAAUGAGUGUGCUUGUUUUAUCCGAAAGUCGAUCCGUCCGACGUCGUUUUGCCCGGGCGUACGUCUAUUUGCCCAAAGACAAACAAGGUUGGAUUCUAUUGCUGCGGUUGCUAUAAAAGGUCCAGCGAUCUAAUGUUAGGGACCUUAAGGAUCGACUACGAAAGAGACGACGACGACGAACUGCACCGUGAAAGGACUGGGUCGAGAACGCGAUUCACGGCGGGAAAAUAUGAGAGUUAAGCGCUCGCUUGCUGUGGACGACGAGUUUCCCAUGUAAACAAAGGAAAUUCGAAUGAUCGAAGUGUUCAAAAUGUCUUUUCACGGUCUGCCCUAAACGUUCCAUAGCGCUCUGCUUGUGUUCCUCUCCAGCUGCUCCUUCGUCCUUUCCGUUCUUGUUUACCUUGGCCAACUUCUCCUGUCAAUUAUCUCUUCGAGCACUUGAAGAGAGGCAAUUAUCUCUUCGCGACCUGUUCACCGUGGAGAGUCGCGUAUUGGAUAGGUGUUCGUACUAUGCCGGAUAGCUUCUCAUGUCGGCACGAGAUAUUCUGUGUGAAGUUUUCAGUAACUAGACAAAGAUGCUGACCCACACGUGCAGUCGCUGUCUUUCCAGGCGUAUUCUCCUUUUUAGGGCUUAAAGAACGACAAAUAAACAUCUCUUGAAUCGACUUAAUUCUGUGCGAACUGCCGUCGUGCGGUGGUACUGUCCAAAUUUUUUGUUUGAUAGUGAACUUUCUUUAAUAGGCGCACAUCCCCAAUGGGAGUGGUGUACAUGUAGAUGUUAAAGUCGGAGAGACUCCGAGAUUCUAAGUAUUUGUUUGUUAAACCGAGACCUUGCAACCUCUUCCAGUCUUCCAAUACGCUUCCAAGAUUUCCUGUUCGGUUCAAACGUUUUUGAGCCCCGCGAUAUUCUACUGGCGUAUCACUUGUGUCUCAUAACACUAGCUUCCGAGGGUGAAUAAAUAAACUCAUCAAUCUCACUGGCCUGAGGAAACAGCCAACAUUUUGUGACGCCACCACUGGUUUCCCCGCGAAAUGACGUCAGAGGAACGAGCGCAGAAAUUCCAUACUGAUGACGCGUCACUACCCAGAUCUAGAUAGUGCUUCUGAUUGGUUGGCAAUUUGCUUCAACCUUUGAAAAGACAGAUACAAGUUUUAUAGAGCUGCGUAGAAUGUAUUUAUGGAGAUCUAAAACUACUCUGGAUAGUCUAUAAAAACGUCUUCAAUGGAUUUAAGAGGAAAUCGUCGUUGGGGGCCCGUUCUGCGUUAUCAUUUACCGAUAGCAAGUCUAUAUGAUGUACUUUAGUAUUUACAACACAUCUUGAAUCGACAUAUUGUGAUGAUACAUGUAUUGUUAAUUGUAUUUAUUUUAGGAUCAUCUCCUGAUCUUGUUAUGGUUAAAAGAUAUAUUCAAGUGCUGCAAGUCUUGUUAGUCCAACUUCCUCGUCCAGGUAAGUAUUGCUGCUGCUUUUGUCGUUAUAAAGCAUCUAACUCAUCGGGAAGAAAUUACAUAUUUCUACAGUAAAACAGGCAGCGAAAACGUGCAACUUGUUUCUCAACUCAAAAAGUUGCGCUUUUCACCACCAACGCUCAAACCUCUGGUGCAGCAAACUAGCUCAUCGCAAGUAGCGUUAAUACUGACUUCUGAUUGGAUAAAAUUACGCGGGAGUCACGACAUACACAGGAGUUACGUCACUUGCUGCAAAACAAGUUUGCCUUGGGCCAGUAAAACGCGCGACAUGUACAGAGUUUGUUGCAAAAAGUAGAACUACUGUGUUCUCUGCAGCAACCUUUCGCUACGUGCAACAACCUUAUUUUUUGCAAGUUUGGUUCGUGGGUGGUAAAAUUCGCAACAUCGUUCGUUUUGCCGCAAUGUUGCAAAACAAUUCGCUAGUUUUUGCUGCACAUUUUUCCUUACUUUAAGUUGUGCUUGAAUUCUUAUGUGCGAUUCUCAUGCCUUCUUUAUCAAGAAACAGCCUCAAACACUCAAGACAAACAACUCACUACCUUGUGUUGAUAAUUUGCUUUAAUUUCCUGUACCAGCAACGGCCAGUUCUGAUGAUGAGGACAGCGACAGUGAAUCAGAAAUGGCUAUUGAUCCUCUUCAGGUACGGGCAUCAUUGCAAAGCUGAUCUGUACGCAAAUCUUGCAAAACAAGUCAAACCUUUAAUCCAUUCUACCUUAGGGCGCUUUCCAUUUGUCAGAACUGGCCGGCCGGACCAUUACCGGACCAGUCAGUUAGCAAAUAAAGAUCGCCUUUUACUUUUAGAGCUUUAUCUGAAAAACCAUCUCCUUCGUGUAUACUAUUUGGGAUUUGACUGAACUGGUUGGAUAGUUUUGAUUAAAAGUGAAAUUCUCUUUUCGACGGGAAUGGUCUGGCGGGUCAAAUCUGACAAAUGGAAGGCGCCCUUACAAGUACAUGUGGUUUACAAUCAGUAGAGAGAUUUAGGCCCCGACGACUACGUAUCAGUUUUUGUUUAAAAAUGGGGAUUUUUUCCUCCGGUUUGGCCUAUCGUCCACACUUAUCCGGUGAAAACGGUCACCGAAAACGCCCUUUUUCAAAAACGCUCUCCAGAAUGGAGAUUUUUGAAAACGCCGACUCAUCGUUUACUUGUGGACGGACGAAAACGGUGGUUUUCGAAUACGAUGAUGUCAUACACCAUAUACUAGAAGUAUUUCGCAUGCUCUGUAAAGCGUGCAGUCGUAUUUCAAUUGUUCUAGCGCUUUCGCGUGGACGGGAUACGCUGCUUGUGGACGCGUGUUUUCUCGAAAACGGAGGGAUAAGAUCUCCGUGCUAAAAAACAUCCGGAUUUACGGAAAACGGUUGACGUCACUUUUUUGCAUGUUUCGUGCCAGGUCAAUUAGUAACGAUUAUUUGCGACAGUUUUUGUCUGCUCAUUUUUCAAUUUGAGAAAUUCUCAACUUGAAUCUGACGUCUGCCAUUUGACGUAUACGCCAAACGAAGAUUCACUAAGAUUUUUGUCAAGUGUCAUACACGCAAAUCGCAGAAAGUGAAAAAAAAGUGAUUCAUUAUUGCAGCCGGGCAAAAAUAGGCCUUCACACGAAAAAAGCCCACAGAUUCAGACUAAAAGCUGUGAUUUUACUUUGAACCCUGCGAACCUCCUAAACGUUUUCUUGGUUAUAUUACUCUCCUGCACAUAUAUUUUGCAAUGUUCGUACUUGAUAUAAUGAUAUAAUCUGACAUUUAGAAAUGUGUUAUGAUCAUUAACAAUUCUUCCUCGAGCCCGAAUGGGCUCCGAGUCAAUAGCCGGGCCGCAGGCCGAAUAGGCUGUUGACUCAGAGGCCAUGAGGGCGAGAGGAAUUAUUGUUUUAGUAAAAUCCAACUAGUUGGUCAAAAAUAUCGAGAAUAAAAAAAUUAGCUAGUUAAAAGCUAGACUUUAAUCCUUUUUUGCCGCCAAAAAGCCCGCGCUUUUCGCUACUAAUAGGCUAUAACAUAUAGCCAAGUAGUAGCUCAACCAAUCAGAACGCAGCAUUUAUAAUAGACCACUAGUUGGAUUUUACUUAUAAGUGAUAUCCUUACAUAUGUCUCGUGGUAUCUCGUUACCUUUAUUGAUGCAUGUGGUAACGACUGUUGUCGUUUCUUUGCCCACAGCCUGCACUUGAAAUCCUUCGAGAAAAAUGUUUGGAUGUUCUUGAUUCAAAGGAGCAUGUCAAGGCCUUGGAAUCUCUUGUGACAAGGUACAUACCAACUAGUAUACUGACUUUUUUUCGUUUGAAUGGUAACACCAUAAGAUGCAAAAGGUAGAAUGCAAAAGAAGUAUAUAAUGGAAAACCAUCUCACUAUAUCUCACUCUAGGAAUAAAGCAGUUGACGUAAUUUUUAAAAUCAUUUCUAGGCACACCGGAGUGGUACAUGAAUCAGAAGUCAUAACUGCACUUUGUAACAUAUGCCAUUUCUUGAUGUCAGAGAACAGGCUACCCAUCCAUAAGACAAGGUUUGUAGUAACUCCAUUUCCCAGAACGACCACACGGAGGAAAAUUCUUGUUUGUCUCGUGAUGUAGUUAUCUGAGUUGUUAAAAUUGCAACGUUUCGUUUACUUACUGCUUGUCCAUGAUUGACUGGUGCAGUGGUUAGUUAGCUAUGUAAACAAAAUAAUCAACUGUAAGCUGCGAACUAGAGUCGACCAACGAACAAUGCCCAAAAAUUGGCCCAUGCUCGACGAUGUCUAACUGUGGUCGGACACGAUGUUCGGACGGAAUGAAUACCAAAAAGUAUCAUUUCGCAAAAGAAUGAUACUGUAACUUGAGGUCAUAUGAAUGGUCGUAUAAAAAUAAUAAUAAUAAUAAUAAUAAUAAUAAUAAUAAUAAUAAUAAUAAAUAAAUAAUAAAUAUAAAAAUAUAUCUGUAGUGAAUGGUUGGCAGUAAUCAGUCAACCUUGCCUAGUGCAUGUCCGGCGUUUUCCCAGUCCCUCUCGGUCAAUUCACUUCUUCACUUGGACCACGUGACCCGGAACGCUUUGGCCGCGCGGUAUAAUGAAGCCUAGGGACUAGGCAACAGUCAACCUAGGAAUCCUACGCCUACGAUUGCUCCUACGGCACCAUGCAUAAUUUUCUUGAAACACAACUAAUGCGUCCGUGAUUGAGUUUGACCACAUUUUUUUUGUCCGACUAAAACGGCGACUGAGCUGGAAAUAUGUUCUUUCAAGAAAUAUUAUUAUUUGCAGCUCUGCAACUGUGGUCGGGUCAUUUUGGUCUUACGUACUCACUCAAGAAGAAUUAUUUUUUCCCCUGGACGAUUGGGUCGUCAAGGAUCGUGGCGGCGAAUGCUUCAGUACACUCGCUAAACAGUUUGCGAUUUUUAGUCCCAAUAUAUUGCAUCGUAGGUUAUUAAGCCCAGGAAAUAAUACCGGCCAACAUGUUGAAAAUACAAUUUAAGCUGGCAUUCAACGGCUUUGAAUCUGUGCGUGAUAAACUGGGAACUAAAUGUUUCAGAGUUUCAGGGUUUGCCAUUUAGUGCACACAGUAUGUACUGAAUCUUUCCUAGUGUAUGUUCUGGGGCCCAUUUCUCGAUGGUUCUAGUAACUUUUCAGGCCCGAAGUCAAAUAUUUAAGUCAAAAUCUAAAGAAUAAUGGCACUGACGUGUCCUAGGUAACAAGUCAGUCCAAUCUGUUUUGUGAACUGAUAUUUUUAUCAUAUUAUCUGCAAAACUAUUGAAACUUCUACCUUGAAUGUAAAUAGCAAUGGUUUUCCAGGCCUGCUAAUCAUCCGGACUUUCGAGAUUCGUGCCUCUGGCCAUUAUUUUCUCGUAGAUUCGUCUUUUGUCGAUCCAAGUAGUCCUUCUUUCUUUGUUUGACCUACUUUUGUCUUUUUAGGCUUCUCUAUACUCUGGCUUUAAACCCCGUCUUCGUAAGAGAACUCUGGCGCAAUGUACAGUCUGCAACUGUAUUUACAAGUACGGGGUGAGUUUUUUUUUCUUUUGACAAAACUGUUAUAUAGUGCGCACACUGCGAUAGACCAGACAACUUCAGUGUGUUAUGCUAUACUUCACGCGCGCUUCGUCACACCCGUGCUUCAUAGAGUUAUACUGAAGGUGGUCUUUUAUUUUAUUUUAUUCUUUCUUUCAUCUGAAUACUCACGAGCGCGCUCAAGUCAUGGGCAUACCUUUUGUGUUCCUUGUCACAUACUUUGUUGCAUCGUUAUCAAGGUAUUUAAUUAGGGCCUGUUUACAUGGAGGUGGGGUACCCCAGAUAGGGGAGGUAACCCGCUUAGGUGGGGUAGCCCGCCUGUCCAUAUAAUCUCUCACUUUAAUGUGAUCACGUUUACAUGUUAGGUGAGGUAACCCGCCACAUGUUACCUCACCUACCUGGGGUCCCCCACCUUCAUGUAAACAGGCCCUUAAACAACUACUUUUGCAUUUCAGAAAAGAAGUUUCUUUGUUAGAGCUGUUAUCACGUGGAACAAAUCUUUCGAUGCAGGAGGCUGGUGCCAUUACCCCAUUGCUGUCUCUGUUGUCGUCUUUGUUGAGCAAUGCUCUCUUUUCUGUUCACGAUAACGAGUUUUAUGGAGAAGACGGUAAGAUGGCGGUUAUCAUUUUGUUUGUUUGUUUCUUGUAGGGGAGUGAUGUGUAAUAAUAGUGCACGCGAUCCGAAGAACACCAAUUAUGUGGGACAUGAAAAACCUGACAGAUUAAUCUUUGCGAGUGUGUUUGUAUGUGAUGACUAUUGCCUAUGAUUUCCUUUUACAGGGUGCAAAGAAAGUCAGUGUAACAGCCUGCCAUUCGGGCAAGCUGUAGCUAGCAUGUACUAGCCCACAAGUCAUUUCAACUAGCCCCAAAACCCUUUUUCAUUAGCAGGAUUGAUUACAAUCCUUCUGUAAUUUGAAUUUCCCCAAAAAAACAGCACUUGCCGAAUCACGAAUCACGUGAUUAAGAUCGUGUUUAGGGCAAGGUAAACGUAAAUUUCUGAUGUUUAGUUCCUUCUGCUUUUUUCUAUUUGUUUUGUUAUCUUCUUGAUAGCAAAAUCCAUUAGCCCCUAAAGAGGAAAAUAACGAUCUUUCUAAAGUUUCAACGUUAACGUUAUUUAAAAUUUAGUAUAAUCAUGGGUUUUUGUUUUUUGUUUUAUGUUAGUUUAAACUCUAUUUCUGUAUUGUAGGGUUUUUAUUUAGUCCAUCUAUAUAUAAUUCUUGUUUUGAAAAGUUCUUCAGCUCCCCCGCCUCGAUUAGUUAAAAUUUUGGCUCAGUUAAGUUUAUAAAAUUUUGUUGAAUUUUUAGACAAAAUACCAGUGAUAGGAUCCUUCUUGAUGUGACUUUCUUUGCAUACUGUGUAUUUUUGACAAAAUGGCGUCGUGGGUUUUUUAAUGAAAAGUUUAGAGUUUAAAUUCAUUCAGUUAAGUUUAUAACAGAAUUUUGAGACAAAAACAUUUUAAACGUUAACGCCAUCUUGGUUUUUUAAAGCGACUUUUAAUGCCCGGAACUUCAUUCAUAACAUUUUAAACGUUAACGUCAUUUUUGAGAUUUACGGAACGUUGUGAUUUUGGUAUAAAUUAACGCUGAACUUUCGCGCCAAAAUUAAGGCGUAAAUUUUCACCUAUGAUAUUAAUAAAUCAACCGUCCUUUUACAUAUUAUUUACUUUUAAUCAAAGGCUUUUAAUUUUGUUUGCGUGGCAGUGAAAGCCAACAAUUCUUUUUCCUCUGUUUUGUAGGUCAAAGAAGUUCAUUCAUGCCAUUUUCUCUCAAGGAAAUGGAGAGCAUGUCUUCCAUACUGUGCAAUGUGGCGACAGGAAUCAUCGAGAUUAUUUACCCAGAGACCAGUCCGACGUUUACCGGGCAAUAUCUCGCUGCCAUGAAAAGCGUAGGAGCCAAAUCUGCGCUCCUGAAAAGUGACGAAUUUUAUCCCAAACAAAAAUGGAUUAAGCUUUUAAAGGUGUGUUACUUACCUCUUCUAUGUACAGAAAUUAUUCAGACCAAAACCCAUUAGCGUUGGAAGGAGGUGGGUUCAUAGGAGCGUCCCGUAUUUCUUCUGGGGUAUAGCUUUGUAGCGUGCUCUCGAUUUCAAAAAAGACUUCGUAGACUAGGUUAGCGCUAUAUGAAUUUUUAACGGAUUUGUAAAUAUUUCGAGAUAUUUUACACUUAGGUUGGAUAUAUUACAUUUCUGGCACGCGACCAAACCGUCACAUCAAAAGGAAUCCAGAAAAUCUCCUUCUAGUUAAGGGCAAACCAAGCCGUACAUUAUAUACUGGUGAUCUUGCGCUCUUUUUACGCCACUGUGUUUAUCUUCUAUCCUAUAAGACAAUCAUCUAAUUUCUUCUUUUAAUAUCUUCUCUCACCGAAAAUUCUCUGCCGGAUAAGCCCCCCCACUUCUCUCUUACAAGCCCCCGCCUUUUUUAGGGAAAGAAAGUUAUUAAGCCCCCUCCCCUCCCCGUUAUUCUUAAAAGAUAGACUGUAUUGAUUAAUCUUCAUGUGCACUGAUUGCCUCAAACUUGCUUGAAAUAAACAAGCUCUCCGAUGGGCUAAAGACAACGAUUGUCAGAAUAAAGGAGGCACUCACCAAGUGAAAUUGUCGCGAUCAUUAACAACAUUCAUUCCCUUCAUCGUUACCAUAGAAAGCAAAUGAAGGACUUUGUAGGUUAGCGUCCAUAUUUACCUCCAACCAAGAGCCCUUUUUUUUUCCUGUUUGUAGGAUGUUACAAGUCUUGUUCGUCAGCUUCAUUCGCGAGACUCCAGAAGACAGUUCUGCGCUGACGGUCACUGGCUGUCUCGUAAGAUCCAUAUAGACCCAACACAGGUAAACCCACUUUUAAACUUCGCCUCAUUGAAAGUAACUCGGAUUCUGGAAUCCGGGAAUUCCUGGAACCCUGGGUAAUGGAAUUCGAAAUCCGGCUCUGGGAAACCAGAAUCCCGCUAACGAUUGGAAUCCGGAAUCCGAGUUCUAGUUAAAAAGUAUCCGGAAUCAAGUACCUGAAUACAGAAUCCAUAGUCUGUGAGCAAGCUCUCCGAAGCGCUUUUGCGGUGGGGCCCAAAAAAGGAAGGAGAGUUGGCAACUAGAAAUUUGAAAUUUGAAUAUCUGCAUCGAAAAAGUCGAUGCGAAAUGCUGAUUGGCGGAGAUGACUGUAGUAAUGACAUCAUUACCCUUGGCACAUGUUUUUCAAUGUUUGUUUACCUUUGCGCUCGUUUCCGCUUCUCGCUGAUUGGCGGAAAUCUGACAGGUCAGUCGACGGGGAGCCGCAGGGGAAUUGGAGGUGGAAUUCAAAUUCUAGAGACCCAGUUGCAAGCUCCCAGGCUACGGAAUCCACAGCGUGAAAUCCAGAAUUCAAGACUGUCUGGGGUACAUGCUGUGAUUACCUAUUAUUCAGAGCGCGCCCUUUGGCACCCAGGGUAGAUUGGCCAUUCCUUUCGUACAUAUCUUUAUAAUCAAAGAGCGUUAUUCAAUUUUAAAGCAAACUUUUGCUACCCUACACAGGAGUUGUGCAAGAUAUAAUUUCUUUGUUUUUUCGAGGACUUUGACGAGCGUACGAGCGAAGCGAGCGCGUCACCCGCGGUUUUUUUAUUUAUAUACCUCCUCUCGACGAUAUCUGAACGGAAAAUAGAAGGUCUGUAAACAGCCUAUGGAUCCAGGGGUGUUAAGAGUGUUAACGGGGAUAAUAACUGAGGAAUCGCCCAAUUUGUUGUGUAGCUUCGGGCAAAGGUGCCUGUGAGCUUACGACUGUAAGUGUAUCAAGUGGUUAAUUCAGUCUAUUUGGUCAACUCUUUCUUCGUCUACCUCCCACAGAUGCAGAUUGAUGGAUUUUUAAACGAGGAAGGUACGUGCAAUUUCUCGGUAUUUCUCGCUGGUCGUUUGUUGUCCUUGGUUUCCUCCACCUCACCCCCCCCCUCCCCCCCUCUCCCGGCUAGCGCAUAAAAUUUCUAGAAUCUCUAAUUUCAUCGGAUCUUCGAUAGUACGCAGCUCUAUUCUGUUAGGGAUAGGUCCGUUGUUGCUGUUGUGUGCUUCUUAUUCUCUCAACCACCUGUGAGUUCUUAUGAGAGCUGCGUACUGCCUCGUUUUUGCUGAAGCUUUUUAUUCUUAUAUUUAGGUUGCUGUUUUGUUUGUUUAUAUUUAGUCGAAGUGGAGGGUGCCCCGAAACCAGGGAUGUCUUCCGCAACAGCUCGUAAUAUGGCCAUCUUGCAACAUAUCCCUUUUGUUGUUCCUUUCAAAGACAGAGUCAAGGUAAGGUGAACGUUUUGUUAGGCCCCAACUGCGAAUAGAAGCUCUCCAGGGCUAUCUAGCCAGAUCAGCACUUUAAAUCCUAAAUAGCACACAGUAAUUUUCAAGGAGUUAUAAUAACUCCUCUAGUGCCGUGGGGUUAAUUUAACUCCUUACAGUGGAGUUAUUUUUUGGGGGAGUUAUUUUAACUCCAACAAGGAGUUUAAAGAACUCAUUUUCAGGAGUAAAAAUGACCCCAGACAUUGAGGAAUUUUUACUCCACUUUCAGAGUUAAAGUAACUCCAAAAAGAGCCGUAAAAACAACCCAUGGAAGGAGUAAAAAUAACCCCAUUUCUUUGUUAUUUUAACUCCAGGCUGGGAGUUAGAAGAACUCUUUUUCAGGAGUAAAAAUGACCCCAUAGUUGGAGUUAAAUCAGGAGUUAACGUUUUAGUCCAUGAAAGGGGUUAUCCUGUACCUAAAAUUUUUACUCCACUUUUGGAGUUAAAAUAACUCCCUAAAAAUUACUGUUCAAAACUCUUCAUGUUCAAAAUGACCGGUCCAGCCAUGGUCCAGGCAGCCAGUUCUGACUUUUGGAAGGCGCCCUAAGUGUCAUGACAUUGUUCCCUUUAAGAUGUCCCAGAAACUCAUUUGUUAGAGUAUAAAUUUAUACAGCUGACUAUAUCACCGCAAAAUUUUUUCUAUAGUUACUCCAGAGGAUAAUUGCAAAGAAUCGCACAGCCACUCAGGGGGAUCUUCAUAACUUCAUGAUGGGCCCAGCUAUUGAUGUGACCGUAAACAGGAACUAUAUUUACCAGGAUGCGUUCGAUCAACUGACGGAAGACAAGGGUGAGAAGAACUCCGCGUUGUUAAAUACAAUAAAUUUUCUGCUUCAUUUCAGCCGUUAACAAUGUUUGUCUUUUUGUUUUUUUAUUUGUUUCGUUACGUUUUGUUUCCUUUUAAUACCAUCACUGCUUCUUGUUGAGCCGUAGUAAAUAAUGUUUUUUUAAUACUUGAUGUGGGUUUAUUUGUCCUUCUUUUCGCUUUUGCUUCGUUUUUCCUGUCUUUUUUUCUUUGUUUCUUUGUUUGUCUGUUGCUGUUUACGCUGUGUUAUUUUUUCAUGUCACUGUUUGUCUCUUUGACUUCACGUGAACGAUGGUGAUAGUAGCAACGCGUUUUGAAAUACUGUUUCUGCGCAAAAGUUAAGUUAUUUCAAUCUCUUUUAUCCCAGUUGUGGUGUUGCUUUUGGUGAGCACCGUGCUACUGGGCUUACUGUUAGGCCAAAGGCUUGUUUUCAAUUCUUUUUCUUUUUCUUCACCUUGAAACCUUGAUACCAUUUGGUGCUAUCUAAAGUAGGUUAAGACCAGUUUACAUGAAGAAAAGUUAUUCCGGCGGGACUGAAAAUGCCACUUGAGCGAGCGCAAAAAGUUGACAAGUUAGCUGACAACAGCGUUUGCGCAUGCUCUGAUUGUCUCGCCUUGACCAAGUUGGCCCAGCUGGGCGAGCCAGUGUUUAUAUGGAGAAAAGUUGGCCCGGCUUGGAGGGUGACCCUACCAUCGAAAAAUAGUGACCCGGCUGAUGGGUCAACGUUCUAGCCAAGCCACCUUUUGGUUUCUCACUUAAACGGUUCGCCACGUUUUGCAAGGAAUUAUAAGUAAGUAGUUCGGGUACUCGAGUGACCCCUUUACCCGAGACAAGUUUCCUCGAUACGAACGGGGCCUUAGCUGCAUUGUAUGCGCCAUUCAUUUUAUGUUGUAAUGUUUGUCUCCAGCUCCUAACCUAAGACAAAAGUUGCGAGUGCGCAUGAUCAAUGCCCAAGGUCUGGAGGAGGCCGGUGUGGAUGGUGGCGGGAUUUUUAGGUAGGCAGCCUCGUUAGGAUUAUGAUGACUGCAGAAGGCCAUUGUACUGUUAACCUUCAAACGUUUAUGAACUGCUCAUUAAAACAGGAAUGACAGUACAACAUUUUACAACCCUAAAUAAGCUAGUCUGGUACACAGGCGUUUUAGUGUCGUCAAGACCGCGUUUGUGGGGAGGAGCCUUGCGUGACGACACAAAAACGGUUGUGUAGCAGAUUAUAAACAAGCUCUCUUUUUGAAACUCGGAGGAGGCGAAGUGACCGGCGAGCUCUCCCAAUCCCUUCCGCCUCGUUGGCGUUCGCUUGACUUCUAUUUGUUAUAUUAAAGAGAACAUGCUCUCAGGCUAAACGUAUCCGGGAGGUGAGAUCAUCCUUCGGUCUUCCUUUUAUCCCUUGAUAUGCCAGAACGUGGCCUCUUAAACAAAAUUUAUCCCCGGAAUGGCGUCAAAUAUUUUAUUCCCUUUUUACUUCUUAUCAAUUUAUUGAUUGAUUAUUAUGUUAAAUAUUUAGGGAGUUUUUAAGCCAGCUGCUUAAAGCAGGAUUUGAUCCCAACAUUGGCUUUUUCAAGUCGACGCACGAAAGGCUACUCUACCCUAACCCUCAGGUGUGUUCAUGCCGACAUCAUCUUUCAUUUGUUCUUUAAAAAGACCAAAAAUAUCUCUGUUUUUUUUUGUGUAAGCAUUGUUAAACAGCUGUGCGAUAGCUAUGGACCUAUGAAAUUGCAUAAAGUGGACACUUUGCAAUUUAAAUUGAAGUAAUAAUCCUUCCUAUGAGUUUCAGCUAAUUGGUUGGAGUAUUUUGUACUUUCACUGCAAUCUGAUGGGUCAACUUUGCUAUUGUAGGUUUACUCUAAACAACAAAACUAUAUUUUUCGCGCCAUGUUUUAAUAUGUUUAUUUCCUUUUAUUAUCCAGGCGGCUUUAUUAGCAAGAGAUUAUCUGAAACAUUACCAUUUUCUCGGAAGAAUGUUAGGAAAAGUUUGUAUCCUUCAUUUUUUUAUAAAUUCAUUUAUUCUUUCUCUCAUUUAGUUAUUCAUUCAUUUAUUGAGUGAUUCAUUUACACAUUGGUUCAUUGAUUCGAUGAUUUAUUCAUUCAUACAAUGAUUUAUCAGUGCAUUCAUUCAUGGGUUUUAUUUAUUUAUCUAUUUAUUUUUAUAUUUAUUUAUCAUUUAUAACAGUGGACAAUAGCUCACUUCGGAAAAGAGCGAUAGCCUGGGACCCAAACUAGGCGCGCGCGCGUUUAUGGGAUUCUUUGGGGGGACGCGAAUGUAAUCAAACAUGGCGGAAAGCGAAGAGGAACGAUUCAGCGGGGUUAAAAUAACUCAAAAUAGCAAAACGUAACGUAGGCUCACAACAACUUGCAUGUUUUGCUGCUCGACUUGUCUCCCCCCCCCCCCAAACAAUCUCAUAAAUAUACGCGCGCUUAGUUUAGGUCCCUAGGCUAUCACUAUUUUCCGAAGUGAGCUAUUAUGAUAGAAGGGAAAAAUUUUUCGACAAAAUUACAUUCUCGGAUAACAAGAAACGUCGGUAAUAUUAGAAGUAAUAAUCAUAUUAGAAGUAAUGCAAUGAAGUCAUAGCUUGUUAGAAUUUCCAGGGCGGUUUUGAUUUGAUAGGCCAUUAAACACUGACAACUUCGGCGUUACCAUCAUUUUCUUCAUCUUUAUUCUCGUUACUUUUCUUUUGUUUACGAUUUUCAGGCUUUGUAUGAAAACAUGUUGGUGGAGUUACCAUUCGCCAGUUUCUUCUCAUGUAAACUUCUCAGUAAACACGGCACAGAUGUUGAUAUCCAUCAUCUUGAGUCGCUUGAUCCCGAAAUGUACAGGUACUAUGACUCUUUUUUAUCAUUUUUCUGCGUUCGUCCUCGCCUCUUUUCGUCUAAUGCUUGCUUCUUUGUACUUUUUCUUGCUACCGAUAUUAAUACUAUCAGAAAUGUUGCAGUUCAUGAAAACGGUGAGAAAGGCUAUGUUCGUCGUUUUCACUUGCUGAAAGCCAUGAGAUGCCGAGAAUUAGAAGGUUAUCUAACGUGACAUUGUUUUUGUGUGCAUUAUAAUGUUUGUCUGUUUUUUCUAUUUGUUUCUUUUUAUUUUUUGACGUGUCUAGGAACUUGCUGUUCCUCAAAAACUAUACAGGAAACGUUGAAGAUCUUUCGCUCAACUUUACAGUGGUAAAUAAUGACCUAGGAGAGAGUCAGGUAAUUGAGAAACUGCCAACAAAAGUUACAACUGGACUCUGCAUUUAUUACUCCAUAAAAUUGUUAUCUGUAUCAAAACAAAAUACACCCGUCUCUCUUUAUUCCUCGCCGCCAUGAACGUUUCUCAGGACGCCCCUUGCGGCGGGGACCGAGGAGUGAGGAGUGAUGGCAGCUGUAUGCGCAGGGUAGCUUUCCGAAAACUGGUUGAAUAAUACUCUGAAAAUACUCUUUCCCUGCCCCCAUCUCCGCUAAAUUCGUCCCUCUUCGCUUUCCUUCCCUCCUCUAAUUCUUCGCUUUACAGAUCACUUCACGUUUGGAUCGAAAGUUCUUUAAAGCAAACUUGAUGUAAUUACAAUUAGGUUACGUUCCAAACGUUGACCUUAUCUGGAACUUGUAACUCUUACAAUUAUGGCUCGUUACAUUGUAGCCUGCGAACAGCAGACGCAUUUCCGGUCGUCCCUUCUCUCCCUCCGAAAAAUAGGCUAGUUACACUGCAAUCGAUCCAUUUUAUAACCAAUUGAAUUGAGUAAAGAAUUAUUCACACCUGAAAGGGAAGCUGUGUUUCUGUCUCUCCCUUUCAACCAUCCAUUCUUCCUCUUGAUGAACUGACCAUAGCCGAUAAGCUAUAUGAAACCCGAAACACCCUUUCUCUUCUUAACUCUUUUUGUAUUUUUGUUAUGUUGCUUUUCUCGUCAAGCAUUUUACUUUCUUCUCACAGGUUGUGGAGUUGAAACCGGGCGGCAGGGACAUUCCAGUUACUAAUAGCAACAGAAUCAGUUAUAUUCACCUUGUUGCUGAUUACAGGCUUAAUAAACAGGUCAGUUUAAUUGCAACUCGGCAGUAGCCCUGGCCGCAAAGUUCGCCACUUGUAAGCGAAUUUCUAUGGACUUCAGGAAAAAUAAAGGUUCAUCGUCCUCUUGUGUUUGCAAAGUAGGAAAUUUCACUUCGUAGUCGUGUAGUGAUGUAAGAGAAAUGUACUGUCUACCGUACAAGGCAGUGGUAUGUACUGUUUUGGAUAGGUUCGAAUGAUCAAUAAUUGGAAUUGAAUAAAUCUGAAGAAAAAGUUCGUCCGUAUUAUCAUCGAAUUUCAACUAUUCCAUGUUACGGUGGUGCUUUCCUCUAUAUCUUUGUCAUGUAAUUAAUGCUUCUGAGAAUGAGAGAUAUCCUUUUUUGACUAACUAGUUAACACCAAGCGGCUAGUCGUUUCACGCUGUAUAGUAACCAAGUAGUUCACCCUCUCCCAUUGUAAUUUGUCAGACUCUGGUCGUUGUGCCAAGAAGUAACGUUCUAAUGGGUUAAAUGUGUUGCAGAUUCACCGGCAUUGUCAAGCCUUCAGGGCGGGACUGUCAGAUGUUAUUAAUUUGGAAUGGCUCCGAAUGUUUGAUCACAAAGAGCUUCAGGUGAAUUUUCUGAUCUUUAAUCUAUCAGGCCGUGGUAGUCUUUGAAAUUGAUUGAUUGAUUCAGUGAUUAACUGAUUGAUUGAUUGAUUGAUAGAUUGUUUGUUUAAUUGAUUGAUAGGUUGAUUGAUUGAUUAAGUGAUUGAUAGAUUGAUUGAUUUAUUGAGUGAUUAAUUGAUUGAUUGUUUUAUUGAUUCAUUGAUUAAUAAAGUGAUUAAUAGAAUGUUUGAUUCUUUGUUUAAUUGAUUGAUUAUUAAUGAACUGACUGUUUGGCUGUUUAAUGGAUUGAUUGAUUGAUUGAUUGAUUCAAUAUAUUAGACUUGCUGUUGCUACCAUUAUGGGUGGAGAGCAACAGUUCCUUUCCCUUGUUUUUUUCUCCCUUUCAUAGACCAAAUCUAUGUAAAAAUGCGAGGCUUAACUCAGCGUUCGUUACCCUUAGAAAACAGCCGACGGUUCGCGGCGCCACCACGGGUUUCACGAAGAGACUUUGGUUGUUAAUUUUUUCAGUCCAUUCGUUCGUUUACUCUCAUAUUUUGAUUGCUUUUUUUGCUACAAUUGCUCUCCAUGUCGAUUCCGGGAAGGGCCUUCAUUUCAAAAGUCCGCCAGACUCACAUUUUGCUAAAUAUUUCAGGUUCUUAUAUCUGGUGCCUUGAUUCCAGUCGACCUUGAGGAUCUUAGAAGAAACACAAAUUAUUCAGGUACAAGUUCUAAACAUACGGCAGCAGACCAGACCGCAUUAAAUCAUUUCACAUGUAUUUUACAGAUUUUUUCUCGCGUGAUUUUGGGGAAGUAAUAUCCGUCAUGUUUAAAUGUUUUGUGAAAGUAACUGUGGACAGUCUACUGUCAGGAUUACCACCGCCAGGUGGAUAACCUAUAGCUUCAUAGAAAAAAUUAGAUUCCGUAAACAGCGCAAAGAGAUCGAGAGGCGAUCAUCUUAAUUGCGGGUGACCAGAGGAGCUCGCAGUCCUAAUCUCCACGUUGCCAUUACGCAUGCCCGGCAUGUAUUUAGCCAGCAUUUGUUUGGACUUGUGAAUGAAUGGAGUGCCUAGAACGCAGUCUGAAAACGUGCGUUUGGAUCCUCUAUCACUCGUAAUCUGAAUGAACACGCGUUUUUUUUUUUUUUUUUUUUUACCUUCUAUCAAGUGACGUUACACAAAGCACGGCGUUGGAGCAAGAUGGUUUUGACCUUCGAUCGAUCGCCUGUCCUCCCUAACCUUUGGUUAAUACUUAUCUUGGGUAAAACUGUUUCUUCUAGUAAUAAUAAAAAAGGAAUUGUAGAAAUGCGAGAAGCUAACUUAGUGAAGGUCGCUUAGACUUCAAGAAGGAAAAAUAGCCAGUGAGUCUCGUUUCAAAAAGUGGCAACCCUUUGUUUUCUAACGGGCACAAUUCUUGAUUUGUUUCAGGUGGUUUUACUGGAGAUCACCCCUGUGUACUUUCUUUUUGGCGUGUAGUCGAUCAAUUUACAGACACGCAAAAACGUCAACUGCUUAAGUUUGUAACAAGCUGUUCACGCUCUCCAUUACUUGGUUUUAAGGUAUGGUUUAUUCUCAGAUUUACUCCUUGUUUCCCUUUCUUUUUCUCUUUUGAUGUCCAAUGUGCAUUUGCCAAAAAAAAAUUGUCUACUUUGAUUUUUCAAGUCUUAAUUUCUGAUUUCGGGAUUUGGUUCUCCAUGAAAUUAUAGCGCCAUAGUAAUACUUCUAAGAUAAAACAGGAAGGAAGGGUGGCAUAAGGGUGGUGUAGGUUUCAAAUCUACCCGCUUCUUUCAAUGUAUUUACUAGAUUGGGUAUCCUGUGCCCAACUACCGGCUAUCUUUUCAAGUAUAGCCCAUUUUAGCCUGCGUAGCUGGCGCCGGUUAAAAAGGCCCUUCGUCAAUUUGCAUCAUUAGUUUUACAUGUUGUUUGCUAAUUGACUGCUCGGCCACCAGGGUAAAAUUUUAUCAUGUCAACAUGCGUAUUCUCCUCACAAAUUUCUGUCUUGUUGUGGUUAGAUCCUUUUUAGUUUAGGUGAUCGCGUCUUUGGGUAUUGACAUGAACCCAUUAGCCCUGUCUCCUCUCUCCUUCUCAUUCCCAUACUACUAUCUGGAAAGAACAGGAGACAAAGUCCCUGGCAGUGUAGUAAACCUUUCAUUGGAGGAGGGAGUCUCGCUGGCACGCACUGUCGACAAUGGGUCGUUUCUUAAUUGGACUUUUUUGUUUGCCUUCAGGACCUUGAGCCGCCAUUUUGUAUUCACAGCGCGGGGCCUGAGGAUAGGCUACCCACUGCUAGCACAUGUAUGAACUUGUUAAAAUUACCAGAAUACUUAGAUGAUGAAAUUAUGAGGGAGAAGCUGUUAUACGCUGUGGAAUCUGGCGCUGGAUUUGAACUAAGUUAAACUCGAUCAGCAUCUUGACAGGAAAUUUGUCAAAUGAGGAUAGGAGAAAUACCAUCAAAGAAGCAUGCCUAGCCAACCCCAAGUGUCGGGGAAAACAUUUCAGUAUAAAGCUCAGUUGUUUUAAUCUGAGAUGAAGGCAGGACGUCGGAAGGCCCAGCAGCCCGCGUUCUUCUUGACCAGUGGAUUACCGUGCCCAUGCAUAUUGCUUACAGGGCAGACUUAUUGUAUUGAAGAGUUUCUCAGCGCUCGUCGCUCCACGCGAGACAAUUUUAAACGUUUCAAACUCGCGUCUCACGCAUUUAAAAAUAGGCGUGAAUAGCAGAAUGAAUAUGUAGAGCAAUUGGUCUCUUCUCGCAGUCUAUUUGCAAUAUGUCAUGUGGGCUGGUGGCGUCAAUUGAUCUCUUGUUGCAUCAUAGUCGAGUUGAGUAAGAGUAUGAAAAAACGUAGACUUAGUUUUAUACAAUUCGUGCAGCCAAACCUCUAGUCUUUUCAUUUGAACUCUAUUAAAUUACUUGGCAUCAUGACGAUCAGCAUGUUUUCUUCACAUUUUACCG